AUGGCCGCAGAGCUUUUCUUGGAAGCCUUCUCGUCGGUAUCGGAUGGCGGGCAUAGUUACUACAAGUUCGGAAGCGGGCGACGAACCUUCCAAGUGUCGGAAACACGGUCAUUCCCAAUCCACGCAGACGCAGAAUGGAAUUACGCAGUCCGCGAUGGCGGCAAGUUCUUCCUCUGGGAUCCGCAGCGCAGCACACAGACGAAUGGGGGCAUUUGGCUAGCCACCAAUCUAGGCGGCUACACCUACCCCGGCUUCGACGGGUACUGGUAUCGCGCGCAUAAGCGAAUUCAUGGGGGGAUAGCUGUGACGCUGGGGAUUGCUCAGGUUGAGCCUCCGUCUCCGUUAUCGAGUUCCCGCGGCCUCGAGGUCACGGGGGAUUAUAUUGGGAAUCAGGACAACGAAGAUACUAUUGAUGUUAUCUUCGUGUCGACAGAUUGUCAUGAUGAUGACAGUGAUGCGGUCGAUGUGUGA